AUGAAACGUCGGCCUCAAAGUGCAAUAAUUACAAAAAUAGUAAAAGAGAGAUAAGAAUCAGGGAUUAAUACGUAAUAAUACUAUUCUAGAAGAGUUCAUAAUUAAUAUAUUCGAAAAAGCCAAUUCAAAAUUAGGUUGCACCAAAAGAAUAUUUUGAAGAUCAAGAGCAAUUGUAUUUUGCGAACUUAUAAUUAAAAUAAUAGUGUAAUGAGUUAAAAUUUGAAAAUUCAAAACUUAAAGCCUUUGUAGCCUAAUUAAAGGUAUCAAUAAAAUUAUACAAAAGAAAUAAAUAAUAAAAAUAGAGAAAGUAGAUAAAUAUUAGGUAAGUUGUGAUCCACUUGGAGUAGUUUAAGGUGGAGAAGGUAGUAUUGUACCAAUUUUAAAAGCUAAAGUAAAGGAAUAACGUAAUUAAAUUGAAGAAUUAUAAACUGAUUUACAUUAACAAUAUAAGUCUGUUAAAUUGACUAAAUUAUCAGAGUUAUAAAGAGAGAUUCAUAAUUAAUAAAAUGAAAUUAUCAAACUUAAAUAAGUAAUUUAAUCUGCUCUCAAUAUUACAGAUUAAGAGUAAUUUAAUUUAUAAUUUAUAAAAGUUUGGUGAAUGAUCCUAAUAUCAUUGAAAAAUUAUCCAAAUUUACAAUUACAGUACAUUAACAAGAAAAUUCAAUAAGAGAAUUGACUAUAUAAAAUGAUAAAUUAAAAUUGGAAUAUUAGGAAAUGUCUAAUGAUAAUGCAAAAUUAUUAGAAGAAAUGAAAUAAUUGAAUUUUGAGAAAAUUAAUUAUAAAAAAUAGUUGGAAGAGUAAACAAUCACAGAAAAUGAAGUAUAUUAAUAAAAGAAAAGAGAAUUUUUAGAAAUGAAAUUAUCGUAAAUAUUUUAAUUUAUUAUUAAGUGCUACUUUAAAGUAAUUAGAUACAUUGAAAGGUGAGUUAUCUUUGUAUGAAAAUAAAUCUAAAUUUUUAUAGAAGUAAAUCAAAGAUUAAGAAAAGGAGUUUAAGUAAACAAUAAUAGAAUUAUAGAAACAAAAAUAAAAUUUGGAAGAAUAAUGUAGCAAAAAAGAUAUUAUUAUGUAAUAUAGAUAAUAUUUUAGAUAAGAUUUAAAUGAUCGAAUUAAUAUUUUAGAUUUGCUUAAAUAAAAAAACUCUCCAAAACCUUCUGAUUCUCCAUUAAUGUUGUAAUAAAAUAAAUCAUUUUUUCCUCCUAUAACAUAUAGAGAUGAGAUGACUUAAUUUCCAGAAAAUUAAACAUCUGAUCUUAAUUAGGAUUUAAAUUCUAAACCUAUAAAUAAAAAUAGAUUGGAUAUUUUAUUAUAAUAAUUAAAAUUCAAAAUAAUCUCAUAAAAAUUAACUAAAGAAAGAAUCCAUUUUACAUUUUAUAACAAAGACUUCAUUUAAUUAGGUGAGGCAAUUUAAAUAUUUAUGAAUGCUCCUUACAACUUUUAAAGAUCGGAUUCUAUUGUACUUUGUAGAUACUUUAUUGGAGAAGAUUAAGGAUUCUCUAAUUAAGUAUAAUGGUAAGACACUUAAGAAGUUAAAGAGAUUAUUGAUUAAUUUUAUAAUCAUCCAAAAAUUAAAUCUGAAUAUGUAUUUGAUAUAAUUUAAUAAAAUAGUUAUCAUUUUAGACAAUUUUAAAAUAGAAUUAUUUUAGUAAAGAAGUGAAUUAUAAAUUGAUUUAAAGUAAUAUAUAAAAUCAAAUAUAUAACAAAGAUGAUUUUAUCUUACUAUUAAAAAACAAAUAUAAUUUUACUUAUGAACAAAUAGAUUAUUUGUUGAUGAUGAAUUAUUUAUAUUCAAAUGAAGUAGAAAAUAUCAACUUACACUUUUUAAGAUAAUUUAUAUAAUAAGAGUGUGAUUUAUAAACUACUCUACACAAUUUAACAUAUUUUAGUCAUGAUUCUAUUAGAUAUAUUCCAAAAAUAACAAAAAAAUUCACAUAUUCAGAUGAUGAAGAAUUUAAUUAUCCAAUAGUUGAGAGUAAAAAAUUGAAAUCGAUAGAAAAAUAGAAAGAUGACUUUAAGAAUUUAAUAAAACCACCAGAAAUAUCAAAUCAAAUUCAAAACAUUAUUACAAGUGAAUAAUUCUUAACUUUCUCAUGUAAAGUUUAUAAUUACUAAUAUAUUAGAAUUUAAAAACAAUGAUUAACAGCUUAAAAGUUCUGAAUCUAGAAAACCUAGCAAUCAUAAUUAUAGUAAUAGUGAUACUUUCCAUUAUAGUCAAUCAUAAAUUCCAAUAGCUACUUUAAAAAGACCUUCUGAUGUGUAAUAGAUCACAUCAGAUAAUAAUUCAAUUUAAUUUAAUAUUACAAAUUAAUUUUAGUCUCCUUAAUAAAAUAAAAAAAAAGUAAAUUAAAUAAGUGAAUUCUAUUCAGGAAAAGAGAUUAUCGAUUAAAAAAAUAUAAAAUAGAAUAUUGAUAAUGAUACAUAAAUUACUGAUAUUAAUAAAAAAGAGGAUGAUUAUUUUGAAGAGAUUUUAGAGGAAUAUGUUGAAGAAUUGUGA